AUGAUGAGUGUGAAGCGCUUUUUGAGCAAUCUUGCCGGCAAAAAUCAAUCAACUGCGUCUGUUGCUAAACUCACUAUUGCAUUUUACGCAGCCCAGAUACGUAGCUUGCUGCGGCAAUCUGUGGUGGAGGGUGCAAAGAGGAGAAUUGCAUCCUCUGACCCCUCACGAAAGCCCGGCAUGGCUAUGACUGAGACUGGGAAUGUGACCGAUUCGGGUUACACACCGGCCGCAUUUGCUCGGCUCGAGGGGGCUCGACUAAAUACAUCGACGGAUAGAAACUGUAGUCAACCUGAUAAGUUAACUAAUUACCAAUGA